UCGGAACUGGAGGCCCGUCUCUAUCCUAAAUACAGUUUACAAGGUGUUGGCCAAAGUGAUGUCCACCAGGUUCGGCAAACUGCUGUCGGCGCUCAUCCACCCCUCCCAAACAGGCUUUGUACCGGGACGCCAAAUAGUGACCAGCAUCCUGCUGGCCCAGCAAGUAUUAGAGGAGGAGGAGGUCUCUGGCCAACCGCUCGCCUUCGUUUCAAUCGACCUUCAAAAGGCAUAUGACCGAGUGCGUUGGGAGUUCCUGCUGCAGGCCAUGGCUUGGAGAGGUAUUGGAGUGAUUUUCCGGAGCUGGGUUAAAUGCCUCCUGAAAGAGGCGGCCACGGUCAUGCAGGUGAAUGGGGUUCAAGGCUGCCCACUAUCGCCAGCACUAUACGUUAUCUAUAUUGAAGCACUGCAUGACCUGCUGAGAGGCGACUGYAGACUGCACGGGCUCCAGCUUCAGCAAGGGGGGGAGGUGCAGYCGUYGGCAUUUGCGGAYGACACGGGAGCCAUUAUCCCGCCGACAAUUCAGCAACUGCAGGUUCUGCAAGCAGAUCUGGCGACGUUCUGCAGGUACUCUGGGGCACGGGUGAAUUGGGACAAAUCCCAAGCCAUCCUCCCCCCCGGUAKGGAGCCASCRGAAGGCUGGGACAUCCCCACGGUGGGCGACGAGAGGAUGCACUUUCUUGGGGCCAACCUAACCCCCAGCUGGGGGGGAGUGGAGCAGAUGGCAGUACAGGCAGUGGCUGCGGUGGCCAARCUGAGUGCAUGGAGUGGAGCGGUGCAUGUGGGGGUUUUCGGAAAGGCACUAAUAAUMAAAAACUCGGUACUUGCUACCCUGUGGUAUGCAGGCGCCAUCCACAUGCCGGGCAGAAGAACGUUUGCAUAUCUACGGCAAGCGAUCCAGGCGUACCUAUGGUCCAACAAUGCGGACACACGGGACUCCAUCUGUAGGGUGGCAUGGCCAAAGUUAGUGCAGCCAAGGAGUGAAGGAGGGCUGGGCCUGCUGGAACCACGAUUGCAGAUGAUGGCGUUGCAAAUGAGACACCUGGUCUGGUAUCUGCUGCGAACGGCUGGGGAACAGUGGCAUAUGCUUGCUAGCCAACAUCUGGCAUAUGCACUGCAGUUGCCCCCGGCACUGGUGGAGGUUAGCCUCGCCAGUUCAGGCCUCAUGGGCCACGUAAAACGGGGCACAGUUUGGUCCACCCCGUUGAGUGUGUGGCGGAAGGUGGGGCUGGUCAACAGUGAACCCACCACGGCGGAUGCAGUCUAUAACCAGGUGCUGUUCGAGAACCGCUUCAUCUGCGACGUGAGCGGGGACAGCCUCCCAUGGCAGGGGAAAUCGGGCGCAUUCGRUCGCCAAKGGGCCGAGCUUGGGGUAUAUAAAGUUGGCCACCUGUGGGAUGAGGAGCUGCGGGACUGGAAAGACGGACGCCGCGAUGGCAAGGUGCCUCCCCCACCAGGUGCAAAGGAGCCAAAGACUGCGGGAGGUCAGGGACGCCAUCCCCACCCAGUGGAUAGAUCGGCUCAGAGAGGGCAAAAUCUGCAGGGGGGAGUGAGUAAAGCUCAAAGGCGAGGCACGCCCAGCCAGGAUCUACAAAGUGGAGGUGGAGCAGGGGGAGUCACUGGUGGUCACCAUGUGGAACGUGACGACAGGAUAUCAAGGCUUGGGGGACCCGGUGGUUGCGGGUGGACGGGAGGGGGUGAUUCAGAAAAGUAUGACGGAGACAGUCUCAGUGGGGCAGAGGAGCAAACCUACGAAGGAGUCUAUGCUCCCCUAUAGAUUGGCCGUACGAAGGCGCGACUUAUCCUGGGAUCCUCAGGACUGGACAUGGCCAAGACAGAAUCACCUGAGAACCAAGACCCCCCUACAGACAACGRCAACAAAGCAAAUUUUCAGGU